GCGGUGUCCGUGUGAGACAAGAGACAUGAUGAAGCUGAAGACACUGAUCUUUAUUCUGCAGUCACUUACAGUUUCAGGAGAAUACUUCUAUUCAUACUUCCGCACAUCUUACGUAGGUGCAGUGGAUGCAUGCAAGAUAAACGGUCUUCAGCUGGUGAACGUGAAAACCAGUGAAAUCAACGUUCGAGUCUCUGCGUAUAUGGGAGACAAAUCCGUCAGUGUGUGGAGCGGGCUUCACUAUAACGCAAGUCUGAGCAAGUUCCAGUGGGGAGACGGGCAGAUCCUUCACUCUGCGGAUGGUCUGUCAUGGCAGGGUGGACAGCCGGAUCUUUCUCAAGGGAUGGAAUGUGCCUACAUGAAGCACAUCUCUGGAUCCUUCAUCUACAAGAUGACGUCCUGCAAGACAAAAAUUGCUGCACUGUGUGACGGUGAACUUGUCACUGAAGACCUGCCCAGAGCUUGGCCAUCUUUCCUGAGGUACACAAAAAGGAAUUCCACCGAGUCAAACCAAGCUGGCUUCCCUGGAUGUGUCUUCGAAAGGCGUGGGAUCAGUGGGCAGGUUAUAACAGAAGAAAGCGUUGAUAUAUUGGAUGAUUGUGCUGUCGUGUGCAAGGAAGACGCGACAUGCAUAUACUUCCUCUACGUCUACAUCUACGAGACGUGGGGCGGCUGUAUUACCCACAAACGGAUUCCUGACUGAAUGUCAACUUUGAAUCUUGCUUUAUCACGCUUUCUCUCAGGACAAAUCUUGUUAUAUUGUCCAGACUGAGGUUAGCUGACAGUCCUAGCACGAUUUAAGUCUUCGAAACCUGUAUUCGUUGCUCUAAACUCAAAUCUCACAAAGUAUAUCAGUGUAGUGGUUACUGACAAGUUGUCUUGCAAAGAUUUUCGAAAAAUGUAUGUUUAAAUAUGUUUCCAAUUAUCUAAGAGAUAAUAAGUUAAUCAUGAACUUCAAAUCUGGUUUCAUGUCGGGUGAUUCAACUACAAAUCAACUAACGUAUCUGUACGAUUUCAUCGCCAUAGAAAAGGGUAAAGGAAAGGAAGUAAGGGCCGUUUUCUGUGACAUUAAUAAGGCUUUUGGCAAGGUAUGGCACAAAGGUAUACUUUAUGAACUUAAAUCAUAUGGUUUAAGCGGCAACUUGUUACUAUGGUUUAAAAGUUACUUAGAAAAUCGAUGUCAACGCGUUGUUAUAAAUGGUUAUAAAUCCGGCCUUUGACCAGUUCUAGCAGGUGUCCCUCAAGGAUCAG